GCCAGUUUAAUCCAAGCCCUUACCUCUAGCAUUUUAGGCCCUGCUAGUUGCCUCUAUGACCUCCUUAUUCUCAUCUGUUUUUCCAAACACCUUUACUGGAAGCUCCCCACCAUGCCUCCCUCUGAACUUUUACUCAGGCUGUGUUCUCUGUGUGGAAUGCCUUUCCCUCCUCUUAGCCAUCUGGCAAAUACCUACUCAUCUUUCAGUACGUAGGCAGCACCUCUCUGGAGAACUUUCUGACUCCCUUCCUCCUUUUGUACCUCUGUUCUCCCAAGAGAUGCCCACCUGCAAAUUCCUCUUAUCCAUUCACCUUCUUCCUGGCUACACUGGCCACUGCUUAGGGUCGUGUUGCUAUCACUAGAGCCCUUACACUCUUUUAGGAAACCUGGUCCUUUGGAGUUGAUGAACUUGAAGUACAAACACUCCAAGAACUGUUUACUCUCAGGCAAGUCAUUUUCAUUCUGAGCUUUGAUCUAUUUCCUUGGCUCUGCCCACUUCCCAGGAUUCUGUGAAAUGUCAUGUGAGGUGCCUCCUCCAGAGUCUGGCUUACAGUAGGGUCUCAAACACUUAUCACCCUCUCAGCCAAGAAGGUGGGGAGGAAAAGGUGUUCAGCUAAUGAGCGGGGGAUUAGGAAUGAGGAUAUAAGAAGAAGGAGCAGAAAACUCUGAGACUCAAGUGUGCUUGGAUUUCUAAAACUGUACUGGCCCCCUGCUCUGUCCUGGAACCAAGUCAAGCUGGACCGAUGAGGGUGGGGGUGACAGAGCAAAGGCCCGUCAGGGCCAAGCCCUCCCCAGGCUGCCGGAAUGGGCCAGCCCACAGUGACAUCACAAUCACCAGGGGUUGCCAAGGCACUGCUGGAGGUGGAUGCUCUUAUUUCUCCCCACAGAGCUCUAGGAUGUGGAUGUGAGAAAGGCACGCAAGGAAGGCAGAUGGCGACGAGGAACAACCCCAGCCCUAUGCCCAUGGGCACGGCUCAGGGUGAUCCUGGAGAGGCAGGCACACUGCCAGGGCCUGAUGCUGGCAUCCGGGACACAAGCUCGGCCACCCAGCUGAAGACGAAGCCCAAGAAAGUGCGCAAAAUCAAGGCACUCAUCAUUGACCUGGGUUCCCAGUACUGCAAGUGUGGCUAUGCGGGCGAGCCGAGGCCCACCUACUUCAUCUCCUCCACUGUGGGCAAGCGCUACUCCGAAGGGGCCGAUGCGGGCGACACCCGCAAGGAGACCUACGUGGGCCACGAGCUGCUCAACAUGGAGGCGCCUCUGAAGCUGAUUAACCCGCUCAAAUAUGGCAUCGUGGUGGACUGGGACUGCGUCCAGAACAUCUGGGAGUACAUCUUCCACACAGCCAUGAAGAUCCUCCCCGAGGAGCAUGCUGUGCUGGUCUCCGACCCCCCGCUUAGCCCCAGCAGCAACCGGGAGAAGUAUGCGGAGCUCAUGUUCGAGGCCUUUGGCAUCCCUGCCAUGCACGUGACGUCCCAGUCAUUGCUGUCCAUCUACUCCUAUGGCAAGACCUCUGGGCUGGUGGUGGAGAGCGGGCACGGUGUCUCGCACGUGGUGCCCAUCUCCGAGGGUGACGUGUUGCCAGGACUGACCAGCCGCGCCGACUAUGCUGGCGGUGACCUCACCAACUACCUGCUGCAGCUGCUCAACGAGGCCGGGCACACGUUCACGGACGACCACCUGCACAUCAUCGAGCACAUCAAGAAGAAGUGCUGCUACUCAGCACUCAAGCCGGAGGAGGAGCUUGGCCUGCGCCUGGAGGAGCUCCGUGUGGACUACGAGCUCCCAGAUGGCAAGCUCAUCACCAUCGGCCAGGAGCGCUUCCAGUGUGCCGAGAUGCUCUUCAAGCCCACCCUGGUGGGCAGCAACCAGCCCGGCCUCCCCGCGCUCACGGCUGCCUGUCUGAGCCGCUGCCAGGAGGCGGGCUUCAAGGAGGAGAUGGCCGCCAACGUGCUGCUGUGUGGCGGCUGCACUAUGCUGGACGGCUUUCCCGAGCGCUUCCAGAGGGAGCUGUGCCUCCUCUGCCCUGGCGACAGCCCUGCAGUGGCUGCUGCUCCUGAGAGGAAGACCUCCGUGUGGACCGGCGGCUCCAUCCUGGCCUCCCUGCAGGCCUUCCAGCAGCUCUGGGUCAGCAAGGAAGAGUUUGAAGAGCGGGGAAGUGCAGCCAUCUACACCAAGUGCUGAACCAGCGGUGUCUCGAUGGCCAGGCCUGUGGACAGGUGGCCACAGGCCACUCUAUACACAUUUACAGAAUUUCACAUAAAAUUUUAAGGUAUAAA